AUGCCUCGAAAAUACAUCCGGAAGUCCACUAGGCGUUCCUGGUCCGUCGGAAAAUUGUCGGAUGCUGUGAGAGCUGUCCAGCAAGGACUGCCCAAACGUAAGGUAUCGGAAAUAUACGGAAUUCCACGGAAAACUCUCUCACGAUACAUGGCUAUCGCAGCCAGCGGAUCUAACCUGGAAUAUUCCGUGAUUGGAAGCUUUCCUUCGGUGUUUAGCAGUGCCCAAGAACAGGAGCUGGUCAAGCACAUUACGGACAUGAGUAGUUAUGGAACCGGCUUGUCUAGACACGACGUAAGAAAUCUUGCUUACCAAUUGGCGGAGAGAAAACACAUCAAACAUCGUUUCUGUCACGAAACGGAACUGGCAGGACGCGACUGGCUUGAUGGGUUUUUGAAGAGGCACCCAGAAUUGUCGCUCAGGAAGCCGGAAGCUACUUCUCUUGCUCGCCUGAAAGGAUUCAAUCGUAGCAGCGUUGGACGUUUUUUUGAACUUCUCACUACAAACAACGGCAGCUGUCAAUAUCCACCAAGUCGGAUUUGGAACGCCGAUGAAACGGGUUUCAGCACGGUGCCUACCAGGAGUGUGAAGGUAUUGGCGAAAAAAGGAGUUCGGCAGGUUCCCGGAGUAUCAUCCGGCGAGAGAGGGGUCAACACUACCGCAAUUAUGGCCAUGUCAGCAAGCGGACAGUAUCUGGCUCCGAUGCUCAUAUUUCCUCGAAAGCGAAUGAAUGAUGCACUAAAGCUGGGUGCACCACCGGAGACGAUUUUUGCGUCUCGUCCGACGCAGGAUGCGCCCGUGUUACUAAUCCUUGAUGGGCAUUCGAGCCACACAAGAAACUUGGACAUGAUUGAAAAGGCCAGACAGAAUCAUGUGAAGAUCCUGUCGAUUCCACCACAUACGUCUCAUAAACUGCAACCGUUAGAUGUUGCUUUUAUGGGACCGUUGAAAUCAAACUACUCGAAAGCUGUUAACAGUUUCUUGAAGAAAAAUCCAGGGAAAACAGUUACCAUCUACAACGUAGCAGCUUUGAUAAACGAAGCAUUCACCGCGAGUGCAUCUAUUUCAACGGCGAAGAACGGAUUUCGAGCAACUGGUAUCUACCCUCUCAACCCUCAGGUUUUCUCCGAGGAGGAUUUUGCACCAGCAGAUCAUUUUAUCCGUGACAACGAAUCCGAAACAGCUGAAACUGGGAUUCAGUUCAACAAAUCAAGCUCCAAUGCACAGCAAGACGGUUCAAUCGGAUUUGAAAUUGAAAACUCCGAACCGAUUGCUUCAUUAACAGAUGCGAACGAAAUUUUGGUGUUGGAUCCUGCUGAGUAUUACAGUCUUUCGGAUGAUGGAACCGUUACGAUUCAUCAUAUCACCUCUGAAGACAAUCUCGCUUCAGAAUGCAACAUAGCUCCAACAAGUGGUGUGGUUCAAAACAUGUCGGGAUAUGAAGUGAACAUGGAAAAGCUUCACGAGCCAUCGAAUACUUUGCUAUUGGAUUCAACUAGCUCUCACGGUGUGAUUGCUGUUAGUACCGAUCCACCCACCAACGGUUACCCAUCGGUAUCGACAACAGCUCAAACACUGUUAACCUCGCUGUCUGUAGUUCCACAAGGGGAUUCAAGUUGUUAUGUUGUAGACAAUACAGUUGGAAUUGAAAGCAUCUCAUCGUUUGGCCACAUUGAGAUCGUUAAUAAUGAUCCAAUCAAAGCACCAGAUAGUUUUGAGUACGAUCCUUCCAUUUAUUACGGUAUUGCUGGAGAUGUGACGAUUGAUUCGAUCACCACUGAAAAUUAUUCCGCAUCAGACAUCGACGAUAUUUCAGUAUAUCACAACUUCAACUACUUCCUUAUUGAUUCACAACCACAUUCGUCGGGUUAUGGUUCCAAUGCAGAGAUGGUCCGACAUGAACCAUCGGAUAAUUUGCAAUUGGCGUCCUAUCGCGAUGUGGUCACUGAUAACACAGUUAUGGCCGACAUGACCAUCCCGGAGCGACAAAUGUUGUACGACAAAUCAUCAACUGAUCCUUCGAAUAUUCAACCACCGAAGAAGCGAAAUAAGAAAACUCAUCCAAAACGCCAAACAAAGAAGGAACAAUCUGAGGAGCUGACAUCGUCACCUUACCCAUUACAGGAGACGGUGAUGGCUGGAUGCUUUGCAUUCAGUGCCAAAAGUGGUAUCAUGUUCAAUGUUCUAAUGAUCCUGACGGCAUCACAUGUGAUGUAUGCGUUUGAAUAA